CUGAAUGUGAAUUUGAAUGCUAUGGCGAUUACGAUCAGCAGUAGAAGUAAGUAGAAGUUGUUACGACUAAGAGCUAGAAAGUCGAAUAAGAAAAGACACCAACAGGAUCCGCCUUCUUCCGUUCGAAGAAAAUUAUCUUGCGUUUUACUCGAGCGACGUGGCUGGCACUGGCUCAACAGCGCCAAUCACAGGUGCAGCCUUCGUCAUGCCCCUCGCCAGUUCGGCCAACAAACCAGCCCCGCCCGACGACUCGCGGGUGAGCCGGGGUCUGGAAGCCUUGAAAAGGCGGCUGCAGGAUGCAAAUACGCAAUCGCAGAAGCUGCGGCGCGACAUGCAGCGGGAUUUGCUUUCGUUGCAGGACACGCAUGACAAGGUCUUUGCGGACGUUGCGAAGGCGGUCCCGCGGGCUUUCUUCAAGCCAAAGGUUCGGGUGGGGGCACGGUCCAUGACUGGGAGCAAGUUGAUAAGUAGUAAGGGAACAACCACCUCGGGAUUCUACAACAGCGACGCAAACGACGCAGGAGCGGUGGGUGACAAUUCCAUGCUCUCCUCUAGUAUGGGAAUGCCCGAAGCGACCGCUGCGGGAGCCGCGGUCGAAGACGGACUGCAACACGAAACUAACGACACCGCCUCGCCGCUGCCUUCCCGAAAGCGAAACCCUCAUCUCGAGCACUUAAAGUCCAGGCUGUUGGAACAACACGCGGCAGAGGAGGCUGCGGAGCGGGCGCGUGUGGACAAGAAAAGCAUCGACCAGCGACACACCUUUUCCAGGAAGUUGAAAUUGAAGGAGACGACUUCGGCCUCCUCUGGGGGUGCGUCUUCGUCAUCGCUGCGUACUUAAAGAUAUUUUUUGCAAUAGAAAGCACGAGCACCUACUGACGCUUUUAGCAAACAAAAUGAGCAUGGACAUGAGAUCCUGGCAAAGCCUUCUAGUGAUCAUGUGAUCAUCAAAACAUCUGCACAGCGCGACGCGGUAGACGGCGCGGUUCGGCUGAUGAUUCCACGGGCGGCGAUGGGAACAAGGAUCUGGGCGCAAUGGUCCGCGACUUCCGUGCUGACCUCGUGGAGCGACGCGAAAAGCGGAAGCCGGUGCACCAGCACCCCACCCGCGCAAGCCACGAGAAGAUGAUCGCGGAGCGCGACCAACCGAAGUUCAAAACGCACCACAGUCUCGAUCAUAUGUUGGAUUUGCGGGCGCAUUUCCACUCGGAGGAGCUCCACCCGCAAGAUAGAAAACACCCAAACAGCCUGAUGAAAAGAGCACGGGGCGGCGCCGGGGGGGCAGCUACUUCCUCCACCGCCAAGAGCGCCAGCUCCGCCUCCCCAAUCAUGGCCGAGUCGCUUAUGGCGUUGUCAACUGUUACAUUUUCAAUUUCAACUGUUACGAUGAAUUUGUGAUGCAAGAAUGGGAAAAGUGAAAGGAGGAAGAUUGCGCCUCUUGCAUUACAGAUUUGGGAAGGAUUAUACCGCUAUUUAGCCCUUCGUAAAUUUGUCAUGUGGAGCAGCUUGAUUGUGAGGAUGGUGAUGGUGUUUUUGCAUGACAAAUCAUGCAACAGUUGAGAGUGUAACAUUUGAGAACGCCAUAUCGCUGCGCGACGUGCGCCGGAUGCGGGAGGAGCUGAAGUCGAACGCAAGCGAGCAGAAGACGGCGAUAGCGCAGCUGGAAGACAGUUUUCGGGAGUACUUUCUCGGACCCGAAAUGGAAAAGAUUCAAACGGCCUUUCAGAACGCAGAGUCGGACUACCAAGAGGAACUAGACAAGAUUCGCAAGCAGAAGGACCUCGUCGUGCAGUGGUUCUUGCAAAAAGAUGCUACGUCCACACCGGGCGGGGCGACUCUUCGUAUAACCGAACUUCUCUUAAUUGUUGUUCUUGCUCUUGGGGAGGUGUUGUUCCUGAAAAUUAAUUAAUGUGUCCUUCUUUGCAUUCCAUCUCCAUGGCUACCUUUUAAAACUGACAGCAGCGCCCUCGAGCAGUGGCGGCGGCCAAGCGGCUGCUGCUAAUUUCGAGGAAACCGCGGGUUACAAGGAAGUGCUGCAGCGCCUCGCCGGCCUGCGCGGCGAAGUUGAAAAUCUCGGCAAGAGCAUGACCCUCGUCGAUACGGCGCAAUUGGCUGCGCAACUCGAACGGGAAGAAGCGCAGCUGAUCCGGCAAAUGGGAACAACUGCUGCGACCGCCACUACUCCCUCGGGUGCACCACGAGGAGGCGAGCAGCAAGGCGCAUCGUCGAAGGUCGGUAGCGGUACCGCAUACAACAUCACGCGGGAACUGGAUAGUUUGAAGGAUCAAAUCGGCCAGUUUUUCCCAAACGGGUCUUCAAAUCCGACCUCCCAGGGCGCUCAGCAAAAGACCGUUUACGACCCAGAGAUCGACAGCAUCCGCAACGAACUAGAAGAUCUCCGCCGGGAGAUCCAGCUGGAUGCUUCGAAAGCGUCCAAGGAAACCGCAAAAACAGAAGCGGAGUACAGAGCGGCAACCGAAGAACAGGAAGAGCGGGAGCAAGGCGGUCCGGUGGAGGUAGAAGCCAGGGCUGCUGAUCAAGACAGAGGACAGGUAUAAUUGCUAUGCGUGGGGUUAUUGCGAAGCAAGUCGUGCUGGUGUUGCUUAUUUUUCGAUGACUUUACUUGCCAGCCUCGUCGUCACGGUGCUAAUUUUUAUGUCUGUGUUUGUGGCGAGGUCUUCGAUGAGGAUGGGGAACGACACAUACGACAAGCAAUCACGCGAUACGUAAAAUCACUAGGCCGUCCUGGCACAGCCGCUAGCGAGUCUGCAGCAGCGCCUCCUGGAGAUGCGGUCCCGGUCCGCAGGUACAACGGGUGGCGCAAAUGACCCAGACGCUGAGCACGAUGAUCCGUCUGCCUCCGCACCCGGCCGAGUAUCUGCGCAACUGGCCACAGAGCCCACAUACAGCGAACUCACCGUGGAACAGCAAAUGGGAGAUGGCGGCGCAGGCAACAGCACUCAGCCGCUCUACUACCCGGAUUUCCGCUCCGAACAGUCGUCUAAGGAGUCGGUGCGGCAAACGCGCAGGCGCAAGGUGAACCAGGAUAACAUGCGCGCCAUCGCUCGCGCACAGGGGCAGCAAGAGCAGCUCUUGCACCCGUACGCACUGAAUCUGCGGCAAGGUGGCGUGAUGCAGACUCAAGGAGCUCUCCCUGCGCAGCGUGGUAUCAACAUCAAUUACGAAGUCAAUUCCGAGGAGCUCAGGCAUAGCCAGCCGAUGCCGAACGAGCAGUGGGCUCCGUGGACAAGCUUCUACCCACACCAUGGUGCUUUUCCUCCUCCCCCAGCGGCCGCCCAUGUUGACAGCCUUUCGCAUGAUCCCAUGAUCCCGCAGUUCACCUUCGGCGACGAUAAGUAUGCGCAGAUCUUGGCUCCGCAAGAGCAAGUGCAAGGUGUCAUGCUGCAGCCGUCCCCCGCGGCCGCCCCCGCACAUCAAGUGGGAGCCUAUGGCAAUCAGCAAACCACCUUUGUUUCUGCGUUCGAGUCGAUGGCGUACAAGCAGCCACAGCGACGCAUCACGCCGCCCCCGCACUCGAAAAGACGGAUUCGAUGA